AUGCCUUCAUUGGAUCCAAUUCCGGCUCGAAAAAAUGAACAGGUCGAGGCAAACUCCGACGAUGAAGCGGACCCGGAACUGGUAGAGCUUCUUCGCCAGCAUCUCGGCCUGGGGGGCGGAAAGGCAAAAGAUGUGCCCCCAGAGACAAAGGUGCUCGAGGGUGCUCAAUACGUCUUCGAUAAUGCUAUCGAUGUUGCCGUCAGCCGCGAAUUUACCACAGAAGCCGCAGAGACGAUAUGGCGUCUCAUGCAAAAGAAAGAGUAUUCCACGCAGACUUGGUCGGAGCAUGAGUUACACCCUCAGGCCAAAGAUGAAAGCACCGUGGACUUCAUCUUCACGAUGGACUUGCUGAAUUUCAGCUUCUGGUCCGCAGAGGAAGAAGCACCCAAGCGCUUCUGUAUCGAGUACCGUGGCACAUUGUGGACUGGAUAUUGGAGUCUGGUUGCUGCUUUACAAAGAGCUUUGGAAGAAGGCAUUCCCAUCACAACCCCUGAUUUCUGGGUGGAUGAAGAAAAGUGCACAGAAGAAGUCCUCCGGCAUGUCUUCAGAUCCGCGACGGAUGAGGAGAUCCCCAUGUUCAAAGAGCGAGUGCAGUGUCUGCGUGAGGCAGGCGAAGUUCUUUGUGAGGAAUUCGGUGGCAGCUUUGCCAACUGCAUUGACAGUGCAAACCUAUCAGCUGCUGGACUAGUAAAUCUUGUCACAGAGAGCUUUUCGUGUUUCCGUGAUGAGACAAUCUUCAACGGAAGACGCAUUCGACUAUAUAAGCGGGCUCAGAUUCUUGUCGCUGAUCUGUGGGCAUGCUUCAACGGCGAGGACUUUGGUGAAUUCCACGAUAUCGACAAGAUUACCAUGUUUGCAGACUACCGCAUUCCCCAAAUGCUACACCAGCUGAACUGCAUACGUUAUGCCCCAAAACUAGAAAGCCACAUCCGUGACUUGAAGCCUAUUGAACCAGGCUCCAAUUGGGAGGUUGAGCUUCGGGGCACGAGUAUCUGGUGCGUGGAACUGAUCAAACGAGAGAUCGAGCGGCGACACCCCGAAGUCAGGAUGAAUGGCAAACCCCAUGCCGCGAAAGCUGCCUCAAACUCCAAUGAAAAUGAGGAUAAUGAGGAUCCAAACCAAGAACUUGAGAAGACGGGGAGUGACCAAAAACCGAGCAGAACAUAUGGCAUCAAUGCCAUCCUUAUUGAUUUCUUCCUGUACGACACGAUGAAGAGCCUUGAAGCGGAGCACAACGAGUCGAUUCCGCACCACCGUACAAGGAGCAUUUGGUAUUAA